UUAUACACAUAUGAAAUAUUGUUUUAAAUGUCAUCUAAGCAGUAAGGUUAAAUUGCAUUUUAAUAAUGUAUAUGCUAUUUAUAUUGAUAGUUAAGAAAGAUUAAAUGUCUGCAAGAAAAUUUUCGCUUGACAGAGUUGUACCUCCAAGAUAACUUACUUGUGAGCAUCACAGGAUCUCUUCACCAUCUCACCGAAUUGCAAGUUUUGAUGCUGCAGGGAAACCAGUUAAAGCAUUUAACCGAUGUUAUCCACGAGUUGGGAAGAAUGCAAAGGCUACACGUUUUAAAUCUCUUUGGCAAUCCUUUAGCACAGGAUUAUGAUUAUCGGAAUUACGUUAUUUUCAACAUUAAAUCACUGCAACGCCUUGAUCGUCGAGAAAUAUUGAAGAAAGAGAGAGUUAUGGCUCAAAAAAGAUACGGAAAUGAAAACUAUGAAAAGCUUAAGGAGACUUUAGCAUUUGGAAGUCGGGUUCCAACAGCGGAAAGUAAAAUCAGCGGCUCCGAAGUUGUAUUUCAUAGAGAUCAUACUGCCGAGAAACCAGCAGAUCCACAAUGUGUUCGACAAGAUCCACGUCUUGGUGGAGUCUCUGAAGUUGACAACUCCAUACUAAGAUCAACAUUGCUUCCCAAAGAUAAGGGAAAAACUGAUUCGGUGAGACAAGACAACAGUCGUCGAUCCCUUAUGCAAUAUACGUCUAUUGAUUGGUCAUCUGUACCAACAGCAGAGGAACGACGACUCGAAGAGGACUCAGAACCGCCUAUAAAGAUAGUGACCAUGUACCUACGAUAAUCCUAGAAGUCAGAUUUGAUAUAGAUAUCAUAUGUAAUUAAUAUGUAAUAUGCCUUUCUCACGAUGACCCUUUUAGCUGAAUUUAUUCUUCAAAUAGUCUGUUGAUUCUAAACUCCAAAAACGUCAUCGUGAGAAAGGUUAAUUGAUCAAAAAAAGACAAUUUUUAACAUACAUUGUUAGUGUAACAUAAUAUAAUAAUUGUAAAUAACGGUAUUCUUGGUACAUGCAUAAAAAGCAUGCAUGGACCUCUUUUACAUAAUGCUUCACUCUUCUUGCUCAUCUGGAGUAAUUAAAAGUAUUAAAGUAAAUAUUGGUGCAGCUGAUACUAUGCAUGAAAGUAUCGUGCCGAAAGUCACGAAAGUCAAACACAUCUUCGAGUAAAUUUCCUUUUAUACUCCUAAGAAAUUAG